AUGGAGAGUGCAACGUUUCAUCUGCCAAAAAGUGCCCACAGUGCCCUGGAACUCCCUAAAAAGGCAACAGAAAGCUCUAUGGUCGUGAAGGCAUACCAAAGUGCUCUUUUGAUGGUCAAAACGGACUCUUUGGACGUCGCAACAGCCGCCUUGCUGAGUCAGAAUAAUCGUCCGGUAGCCUUCCUCUCUCGCACACUAGAAGCCAGCAAAAAGAAUCAUUCUGCUAUCGAGAAGGAAGCGCGUGCAAUAGUAAAGGCUGUUUGCAUGCGGCAACGUUAUCACCAAGGCAACCACCUCAAACUUCUCACGGACUACGACCCGCGGCCUUCGUGUGCCGCGGCAGACAAUUAA